AGUGACUGCUGUAAGGGAACUUUCAGCUCCUCUCCCUGCAACACUAUGAAGUGCCUCGGGCAGCCCAGGACUCGGACAGCUGCUUUUCUGCCUCUUUGCCUGCUUUUUUGGGAGAUUCUGCAAGCAGGGCAUGGCCACCUUUAUAACAACAGCUAUGCUGGUGAUAAGGUGAUUAGACUUACUCCCAAUACAGAAGAAGAAGCAAAUGCACUGAAGAAAAUAUACCACCAACUUAAGGUGGACCUAUGGCAGCCGAGCAGUAUCUCCUAUGUAUCAAAAGGAGCAGUUACUGAUGUCCGUAUUCCCCAAAAUGGUUCCCAAGUCCUGUUAGCGUUCUUACAGGAAGCCAACAUCCAGUACAAGGUCCUCAUAGAAGAUCUUCAGAACACACUGGAAAAGGCAAGCAGUUUGCGAACCCAGAGAAAUAGAAGAUACCUGUCUGGAUAUAAUUAUGAAGUUUAUCACUCCUUAGAAGAAAUUCAAAAUUGGAUGCGUCAUCUAAAUAAAACUCAUUCAGGUCUCAUUCACAUGUUCUCUAUUGGAAAAUCAUAUGAGGGAAGGUCUCUAUAUGUUUUAAAGCUGGGCAGAAGAUCACAAACUUACAAAAGAGCUGUCUGGAUAGACUGUGGUAUUCAUGCAAGAGAAUGGAUUGGUCCUGCUUUUUGCCAGUGGUUUGUAAAAGAAGCUCUUCUAACAUAUAGGAGUGACCCAACCAUGAGAAAAAUGUUGAGUCAUCUGUAUUUCUAUAUCAUGCCUGUGUUUAACGUUGAUGGAUACCAUUUUAGCUGGACCAGUGAUCGAUUUUGGAGAAAAACAAGGUCAAGGAACCCAAGGUUUCGCUGCCGUGGAGUUGAUGCCAAUCGUAACUGGAAAGUGAAAUGGUGUGAUGAAGGAGCUUCUAUGCACCCUUGUGACGAUACAUACUGUGGACCUUUCCCAGAAUCUGAACCAGAAGUGAAAGCUGUAGCCACUUUCCUCCGAAAACACAGGAAGCACAUUAAAGCUUACCUCUCCUUUCAUGCAUAUGCUCAGAUGUUGCUGUAUCCCUAUUCUUACAAAUAUGCAACAAUCCCCAACUUUAGCUGUGUGGAAUCUGCAGCUUAUAAAGCUGUGAAUGCACUUCGGUCAGUAUAUGGGGUACAGUAUAGAUACGGACCUGCCUCCAGCACGUUGUAUGUGAGCUCUGGUAGCUCAAUGGAUUGGGCCUACAAAAACGGAAUACCCUAUACAUUUGCUUUUGAACUUCGUGACACUGGACAUUUUGGAUUUUUACUUCCAGAGGUGCUCAUCAAACCAACCUGUACAGAGACCAUGCUGGCUGUGAAGAAUAUCACAAUGCACCUCCUAAAGAAAUGUCCCUGAGACCCAAGGGUUGGGUCAACCACCAGAAGGCUGGUUCUCUGCAAGAGCUA